UCCUACUGCGGCUUGCCACGUGAGGUCCGCCAGCCAUGAGUUUCCGGGUUCCUUGGUUUGCAGCGCGGCGAUGGCUGACCCGGGGCAGAAGCCCCAAAGAGCCCGACGUGGGCCCGGGGGCGAAAGUGGCCGACCUGCUAGAGGAGGCGAUGGUUGGGGAAGAGGAGGAGGGAGGAGCGAGCGAGGCGCCGCCGCCGAGGACGAGGCGGGCGCCCGAAGAGGCCUCGGUGCUUCUCUUCCCUGGCCAGGGCAGCCAGUUCGUGGGCAUGGGCCGCGGGCUGCUGCGCUACCCGAACGUGCCGGACCUUUUCCAGGUGGCUAAGGAAGUGCUUGGCUACGACCUGUUGGACCUCUGCCUAAACGGGCCCCGCGCCGAACUGGACCGCACCGUACACAGCCAGCCCGCCGUUUUCGUCAGCUCCCUGGCUGCCCUGGAGAAACUGCACCAUCAGUGUCCGACGGUAGUUGAAAACUGUGUUGCAGCUGCUGGAUUCAGCAUAGGCGAAUAUGCAGCCCUUGUUUUUGCAGGAGCCAUGGAUUAUUCUGAAGCAUUGUAUGCAGUAAAGGUGCGUGCUGAAGCCAUGCAAGAGGCAUCGGAAGCUGUCCCAAGUGGAAUGCUAUCUGUCCUUGGCCGGUAUAACACAAAUUAUGUUGCCGCUUGCUCGGAAGCUCGUGAAUAUUGCAGAUCAAUGAAUAUAGAAAAUCCAGUAUGUGAAGUUUCAAACUACUUGUUUCCAGAUGGCAGAGUCAUUGCAGGACACUUGCAGGCUUUGCAGUUUUUGCAGAAAAAUUCUAAAAAAUACUCAUUUGCACGUGUAAAAAUGUUGCCAGUCAGUGGUGCUUUCCAUACUCAACUUAUGGAAUCAGCAGCAGAACCUUUAUCUGAAGUCCUCAAAUCAAUUAACAUUCAGCCACCUCUCAUCCCUGUCUAUUCAAAUGUGAACAGCAAGAGAUACAAACAGCCCAAACACAUCCAAGAUUUGUUAGUGGAGCAGUUGGUUUCACCAGUGAAAUGGGAACAAACAAUGCAUGUCAUCUAUGAAAGGAAACAAGGAAUAAGUUUUCCUUUAACGUAUGAAGUUGGACCUGGGAAGCAACUAGGAACAAUCCUAAAAAGCUGCAAUCUGAAGGCCUGGAGAUUCUAUAAAAACAUUGACAUUUCAGAAGAGGAAGAAAACUAAGAAGAAAACACAAAUAUGCCUUUAAGAAAAGUUUUCAUGGUAAAUUCUGCUCUUGUUCGCUGUCUGAUGUUAUGGACUUAUUAUUAAUGAUAAAUCGAUUUAUUAUAAAUCUUGGUAGCAUUUGUAGAAUACAUAAUAAAACCCCUGUUGUUGAAGACACAGUUAUAGGGUAUGUUGACAUUUGCUUCCUCUAGAACUACUGUGCUUAGAAGAAUUGUUAACAUGUGAGCAAAAGUUCUACUCUGAGCCAUUCUGAGCCUUCCUUCUACAGAUAGAUAGAUUUGCUCACAAACUUCUGCCACGGGGCAAUCUGUUAUGUAUCUUAAGACAAAGUUUUUUAAUAAACUGCCCAAAGUUUUAAGCAGA